UCUUGAUUCAUCUCUCGCAAUGGCACCCGCAUUCUCCGUCGGGGAGAAGCUGCGGUUAUUACCUCGCCUGACUUGUCUGGCACCGUUGAAGUUGUUAGGGACCGCCUUACGCUCCAUUUUGAUUUCCCUAGCUCGAGGGCUUCCGAUUGGGCGGUACCUUUCGUGUGCAGUCGUCAGAAUACUUCUGGGAACUUUCGCACCUCGUCAGAUCCAAUACUUAUCGCCUUCGACAAAAGAAACAUACGAAGCAUGGAUACAACGCCAAGUCUCGAAGGCGGAGAACGUCGGCAAUGCAGACAUUAUUGGAAAGCUCCAGGGCGAUACUGAACCCUUAGAAGACGGAAAUUCAUCCCUUCUCUGGCUUGGAAACCGUCACAAGGCCAAAAAGGUGGUUUUGUUUCUACAUGGAGGUGGCUACGUUUCGCCCUUGUUGCCUGGACAUCUGGAGUGGUGUUGGCGAACGUAUAUUGCUGCGGGGAUGGAGACGAAUGUCGAAGUUGCUGUGGCAGUACUGCAGUACACCCUUUGCCCGGAAGCAAUAUAUCCAGUUCAACUCCGCCAGGCUGUCGAUGGGUUUUCACAUCUUUUAGCGUCAGGAUUUCAUCCGGAAGAUAUCGUUGUCGGCGGCGACUCUGCUGGGGGCAAUUUGACGGCCCAGUUGCUCUGUCAUCUGGCCCAGCCUCAUCCUGCUGUCCGGAAAGUUGAGAUUUCUCAGCCGCUAGCAGGUUCAUUUCUUGUCUCCCCAUGGAUCAGCCGACUUACCAGUCACGCUUCAUACUCGGAGAAUGGCUGGAUCGACAUGUUAUCAGGCCCAAUCGUGGACAGUGCCACCAAGGCGCUGUUGGGACCGGAGGCAGCACAACAAUCAUAUGCCGACCUGGCCUUUCCCUUGGAUGGGGAGAGUUCGCGUUUAAGUGGGCUGGAUAACGUUGUGAGCCAACUGUACGUUACCGCAGGAGACCAGGAGGUUUUCCGAGACCAGGAUAUCGCUUUCGUCCACGGUAUACGUCAAUUGAACCCCACUCUUAAAGUGCGAUUCGAUGUUCAGCCAAAGUGUGCACACGAUUUCAUCCUGUUUGAGGGCCAGGAUGAAAUCACUGGGGAAUGCAUGGAAGCAAUGAAAUCGUGGAUGACGGAUCUGCUGGUUACGGGCAACAACCACUAGAAUAUGAGUCUACCUGUAUCUGCCGACUUGGACCGUCGAGAACGUUAUCUUCUGUAUGUGAUCUAGAGUCUUCGAUGCGCUGGAAGCUAUCACUGGAAGGGAAUGAGAUUUGAUAUAUCCAGACAAUUUAUUCAUUUCUCUCCAUGGACACCCAAAUGCCAACUCGAGUUUUAAUUAUAAAUAUUUUAACUUAUAAAAGACAAUGACCCGAUCA